AUGUUUCUAAAUGAAUAUAAAUGGGACACUCCAUCAUUUACUUUCUCAGAACGGAAGCAAAAAAAAAAACCUAAGGAAAAGAAAACUAGCUUGAUCUCUUUGAAUCAAAGAAAACUCCAAAGGCGAAAAGAAUGGGUGCAGACACUCCUCAACUUCCAGUCAUCUAUCUCUCGGACCAAACCCUAAAACCAGGAAGUGAGAAGUGGGUUGAAGUGAGGAGUGAUGUCCGUAAAGCUCUUGAAGACUACGGCGCUUUUGAGGUGUCAUAUGAUAGAGUGUCAGAAGAGCUUAAGAAGUCAGUUUUGGAUGCCAUGAUAGAGCUUUUCGAGUUACCAGUUGAGGCUAAACAGAGAAACGUGUCUCCGAAACCGUACACUGGAUAUUCAACUCAUAAUGGUCUCUCUGAGAGUCUAGGGAUCCAGGAUUCCAAUGUUUUGGAGAAAGUUAACGAAUUUACUCAACUGCUACGCCCUGAUUGUGAGGGUAACAAGAGUAUCAGCGAAACAAUCCAGAAGUUUUCAGAGAAGCUAGCAGAAUUGGAUGUAAUGGUGAGAAGAAUGGUCAUAGAGAGCUUUGGGAUAGAAAACUACUUUGAUGAACACCUCAAGUCAACGAAUUACCGUCUGCGACUGAUGAAGUAUAUAGCACCUCCUGAUGUUGAUACUAAUGUUGCAGCGGGUGCUAAUGAUGCUGGUGAUGGUGCUAAUGAUGCUGGUGCUAGGGAUAAUGCCAAUGUUGUUGCUGAUACUAGUGAUAUUGCUAGUGGUAUUGCUAAUGUUCAUAUUAAUGAUGACGCCAAUAUUGGUGCUAAGGCUAAUGGCGACAUUGGUGCUGAUGUUGAUGUUAAAACUAGUGAUUUUGCUAGUGUUGAGUCUAAAGCCGACGUUAGUACCAAUGUUAAUGCUAAUGCUGAUGCCAAUGCUAAUACUGGUACUCUCAGUAGUGCUGGUGUUGGUGAUAGUGUUACAGCUAAUGGUGGUGCUGAUGAUGAGGAGAAAAAAUUGGGUUUACCUUCUCAUACUGAUAAAAAUCUUUUCACUGUGCUUUAUCAAUAUGAGAUUGAAGGUUUGGAGGUGUUAAACAAAGAUGAAAAGUGGAUCAGACUGAAACCAUCUCGUAACUCUUUCGUUGUUAUGGCUGGAGAUUCUGUAUAUGCUAUCUACCAGAACUAAAUUGAGACAGAAAACGUGUUGGAAUAAUAGAAAGUAGGGCCCAUCUUUUAAAAUUACAAGUCGAGGAAGAAAAA